AUGCGCAUUGGCUGCAGCUGCCCCAAGCUUAAGCGCAUCCCUCAGUCUGUCGGCUUGGGCGUUGGAAUGUUCCAGGCUGUCAUACUGGGUCGGGCCAACUGCCUCGUCUGGAAGACCAACAGCUUUCGGGAAGACCAAAGAGCGUCUUUCACCGACUUGGUGGUCCUCAGGCGCAAAGAUUCUGAGCGAACAGUGGACUCAAUGUCUGUAAAACACGAGCCAAGGCGGUGUUUAAAAUCGAUUGAGCUCACACAAGCACAGACAUUUCUCUCAGGUUGUGUUUAUCGCCAGGGCUGCUUGACCGUGUUGUCAUGCAGACUUGUUGACACUCAGGCUGCGAGCACAGAGACGGUGAGACUGAGGCUUGAGAAUGGGGGCAGUCCUUGCGCUGGACGAGUGGAAGUUCACUACUCUGGGCUGUGGGGGACUGUGAUUGAUUAUAACUGGGACCUGGCCGAUGCUAAUGUUGUUUGUCGGGAGCUGGGCUGUGGGACCGCGCUCUCUGCCCCUCACAGUGCUCAUUUCGGACAAGGAACUGGGCCUGUUGCGACAGGGAAAGUUUUGUGCACCGGGACCGAGCGUGCUCUGCGGGACUGUUCAUCAGCGAAAUGGGGUCACUACACCAAUCCACACGCCAAUGAUGCUGGUGUCAUCUGCUCAGAGCACAGAGCUCCGAGGUUGGGACCUGCAAAUUCCCAGGGCUCAGGCAGGCUGGAGGUCCAGUUCGGUGACACCUGGAAAUCAGUGUGUGGUCUUGACUGGGAUUUGAAAAACGCCCAUGUGGUCUGUGCACAGCUUCAUUGUGGAGUGGCUGCGUCUGUGUCAAGCUCUGCUCAUUCUGGAGGCAGUACUCUGCUCAUGGCUAAUGAGAUCUUUAAAUGUGCAGGCAAUGAGAAUCAACUGGGGAAGUGCCGCAGGUCUUCAUCCACUCACCAGGAUUGCAGUGGACACAACAAUGUCACCCUGACAUGUUCUGAUUUCCAGCCUCCAGAGUAUUUUUCGUUUGGCUUGCCAUCUUAUCUGUUUUGUACGAUUUUUGUGGAGGAGGUGACGUGGCUGCAGCAGACAACAGCAGCCAAGCAUACUAGUAUUCCAGAAGUAGACGUCUCGUUUCACAGAAAAGGAACAGAGAAGAAACUACGAGAAGAAAUCGAGAGAUUUGUUAGAGAAGCAAAAUUUCUCUGGGUGUGGGACUCCUGCACACAAUUUUAUUUCAUCGCAUGCAUUGGAAUCUCUCCAGUUGUGAAACGGUUAGACAAAUUGAUAUCACUUAUUUUCAUAAGCAGACUUGUGGACACUCAGGCUGAGAGCACAGAGACUGUGAGACUGAGACUUGAAAAUGGGGGCAGUCCUUGCGCUGGCCGAGUGGAAAUUCAUUACAAUGGGCUGUGGGGGACUGUGCACAGUAAUUACUGGGGUAUGCGAGACGCUACAGUUGUAUGUCGGGAGCUGAACUGUGGAAGUGCAGUCUCUGCCCCUCGCUUUGCCCACUUUGGAGCAGGAUCCGGACCCAUUGUGACGAGAAAGGUUUGGUGCAACGGGACCGAGCGUGCUCUGCGGGACUGUGCAUCAGUGGAAUGGGGUCAUUACACCUAUUCACACGCCAAUGAUGCUGGUGUCAUCUGCUCAGAACACAGAUCACCGAGGUUGGUCCCAGGAAAUUCCCAAUGCGCUGGCAGGCUGGAGGUCCAGUUCGGUGACACCUGGAAAACAGUGUGUGGUCUUGACUGGGAUUUGAAAAACGCCAAUGUGGUCUGUGCACAGCUUCAUUGUGGAGUGGCCGUGUCAGUUUCAAGCUCUGCUCCUUCGGGAGACAGUACUCUGCUCGUGGCUAAUGAGGUCUUUAAAUGUGCGGGCAAUGAGACUCAUCUGGGGAAGUGCCCUCAUUCUUCAUCCAUUCUCCAGGAUUGCAGUGGACACAACAAUGUCACCCUGAUAUGUUCUGGUAGAGUUGUCAACACUCAGGCCGAGAGCAAAGAGUCGGUGAGCCUGAGACUUGAGAAUGGAGACAGUCCUUGCGCUGGCCGAGUGGAGAUUCAUUACAAGGGCCUGUGGGGGGCUGUAGAUGAUUAUAACUGGGACCUGCCUGAUGCUAAUGUUGUCUGUCGGGAGCUGGACUGUGGGGCUGCGGUCUCUGCACUGGGAGGGUCUCACUUUGGACCAGGAUCCGGACCCAUUGUGAUAGGAAACGUUUGGUGCAGUGGGACUGAGCAUGCUCUGCGGGACUGUCCAUCAGUGGAAUGGGGUUACGACAACCGCUCUGCUCCACACACCAAUGAUUCUGGUGUCAUCUGUUCAGAGCACAGGGUUCCAAGGUUGGUACAUAUAAAUUCCCCAUGCUCUGGCAGGCUGGAGGUCAAGUUCGGCGACACCUGGAAAACCGUGUGCAGCCUGGAAUGGGAUUUAAAAAACGCCAAUGUGAUCUGUGCACAGCUUCAUUGUGGAGUAGCUGUGUCUGUUUCAAGCUCUGCUCAUUCGGGAGACAGUACUGUGCCGAUGGGUAAUGAGGUCUUUAAAUGUGCGGGCAACGAGACUCAACUGGGGAAGUGCCCUCGGUCUUCAUCCAUUCACCAGAAUUGCAGUGGACUCAACAAUGUCACCCUGACAUGUUCUGUUAGUCAUAUUCUCCUUGACCUCUACCUGCUGCAGCUUCAUUGCUUCAACACGAACCACAGCUACUUCAAUCCAAACUUCACAAAGAUAAAUGCCUGCUGGUAUUUCUAUUCGAGGAGUCUUCAUCUGCACUUGCUCAAGGACUACGGCACUCUUUCUGAAUUAUAUGCUUCACCCGUUGAUCCAAAUGCAUUUUGCGUUGCAGAUGAAAAUUGGUGGCCAAGGCUGGUGAAUGGCGGAAGCCGCUGUGAUGGCCGAGUUGAAAUUUACUACAAUGGAAGCUGGGGCAGACCGCUGCACACCCUGUGGGAUCUGAAUGCGGCUCAUGUUGUGUGCAGACAAUUGGGAUGCAAUUAUGCCUUUGAAACGCAUAAGUCUUCAAAGUACAAACAUAUCCAGUUACGGUUGUCAGAUGGUGGAAGCCAUUGUGCUGGUCGAGUGGAGAUUUACUACAAAGGGACAUGGGGAUCUGUUUGUGAUGACUCCUGGGAUGUGAUGGGCGCUGAGGUGGUUUGCAGACAAUUGGGUUGUGGAAAUGCACUGGAUAUGACAUUUCCUUCCUCCAAUGGGUUGGGCUCAGGCCCAGUUUGGUUGAAACAUGUGAAGUGUUCCGGAAACGAAUCAUUUCUCUGGGAAUGUCCUUCAGCACAACUGGGUGAACAAGACGACUGUUCUCAUAAAGAGGAUGUGAGAAUCAUGUGCUCAGAACACAAGGAAAUGCGGCUGGUGAAUGGAAAACAUCGCUGUGAGGGGAGAGUGGAAGUGUUCUACAAUGAGACCUGGGGGACAGUGUGCUCGGAAAGUCUGGAUAAUCGCGAUGCGGAAGUGAUUUGUAAACAGUUGCACUGCGGUACCCUCCAGUCCAUUGAACAUGAAGCUCAGGUAUUCGGAGCAGGAACAGGGCCGAUUUGGCUUGAUGAGAUAAACUGUCUUACAGGCGAGUCGACCCUGUGGGAAUGUCAGAGAAAUCCGUGGGGACAACACAACUGUGAGCACAGGGAAGAUGCCGGUGUUGUUUGUUCAGGGAAUGAUGUGACGAAGGAUCAGCUCCAUAGUUCAAAUUCCUGCCAUCGACAAUCAGAUUUGCAACAUAGCGUGCACCUGGAUGGAGAGAACAGCAACUGUUCAGGGAGAGUGGAAAUCAUGUGCGAUGAACGCUGGGGCACAUUGUGUGGGGAUUCCUGGGAUAUAACUGAUGCCAAUGUUGUCUGCAGACAGCUGAGAUGCGGUUUCGCUCUGUCAGUUCACGGAAGGUCUGCUGUCUCCCAGGCUAAAAGUGUGAUCUGGCAGAAUGACGUGAAAUGUAAGGGAAGUGAAUCCUCUCUGUUCGACUGUCUCUCCCCAGGGCCAGCACAAAGUGAAUGUAAUCACAAGGAAGUUGCCAGUGUGAUCUGCUCUGGAUCCGAAUUGUUGACGACUUCGCCUUCAUCUCCACCUGCGGGUAUUAAUGAUGAUACUACUAUCAAUGUUCAUAUUGGCAUUAUGUCCCUGAUUAAUGACAUUGAUGCUGAUGGACACGAAAGUAAAUCUAUUUCCAUACCUGUUGUCGCCUGUUUAACUUUGGGAGUUCUGUUAAUCUUUGAUUUGAUCUCACUCCUGGUGGUCAUGCAGCGAAAACUACAAAUGAAAGAUAUGACAAUUCCCGAUUUUCUACGCGGGCGCUGCCCUUACUGCUCAGUCAAUGUUGUGCCAAUAUCUUCUCCUGACUUGCAUGAGCUAGAGGAGUUUCACACGAAUGUUGCUUCAGAUAUAAACGCAGAGUUGUUGCGAUUAUUCAACGUCUUUGUCUCCAUAGUCUUCUGUGUCAAUGAGCUCCACAGACCAAUGAGUUUCAUCAACCUCUGGCUGAACAAAUUUCACCUCAAUAAAAUUCCAAAGGAUCAUGACUUUGCUCGGAGACUAAACCUGACAAUACCUCUCCGUAUUUUGUUUUUUUUUCAAGUAAUUUGUGCAUCCAUUGAUUCACUCAAUCGCAUUGAAUACUACACCGGCCACAGCUUGAGUGAUAAUAACCCUGGAUCAGAAAAUCCUGAGGCGAUCUCCAACACUGUUCCAGGAAGACAAUUCGAGACAAAUCCCAGCCUUUCGUCUUCCAUGGCAUCUCCUCAUCAGUCUGGCCGUAGCACAGAAAACUAG